AUGGAAAGCUUUAAGAUGGACGGCCAGACAAAGGGCACUCAUAACGAAGGCGUUAUAAAACGCCGAAUGCGGGCCAUUUGCCGCAUACGUCCCCAUUUGGUCCUUAUAUUUACCAUCUCUAUCAUCGGCUUUGCAUAUCAUUUUCAUUUGGCUCUCAAACAGUACUGGGAAUACAAAACGACGGUAUCGUUUGCUCACGAGAUACCCGCAGAAUACCGGUUCCGCUACCCGUCCCUAACCAUAUGUAUGGCCGAUGUUUUGCCACAUUUCCGACUCCAGGAAUUGUUUCCCGAUUACGUGGAAGCCGUCAAAGCUAUUAAAAAUGCUUCGGUUCAGAGAAAUGAUCCAAACUUUUGGACUAAACCCGACUCCGGAUCAGUUAAUAAGUUUAAAAUGAGGGGCAAAUAUCUGUACAAAUUCUUUGAAGAGAAAGUAAUGUCCAAUCGAACAAUACUGGAACUGUUGACGGAGUGGUCGUACGGGCGGUACGACGAGUGUCUCUUAGACGCCCAUCCGGUCCACGAAUUGGGCUAUAAAAUGGAUUACUGCGAGUCCGUCGUCGCACCCAUUGAGUCAAUUAACGGCGACUUCCGGUGCUUCACAUUCAUGUCCCAAUUGGACACUUACGUCACCGAUGAGAAUAAGGACAAAUUUAUCACCUCGGUGUUUUUCUCCCAACGCAACUUCGAGCACCGCACAAACAAAGUGGUGUACGUCAGUCACGCCCUCAACACAUCACUGCCCGCCCAUCCAUUCGAGGUGGACUUCCGGGGCCGAGCGCUCAUACAUCCGCCCAACUCUAUACCGGUGCCCACUUUCUACCCCUCUCUUCCCGUGUAUCAGUGGUCCCGUAUAUAUGACUUGCAGUUUCAGAAGACUGUUAUACACAAUCUGGAGCCGCCCUAUGAGACCAAUUGCCAGUAUUAUAAGACAGGCAUAAACGAAACUCAUCAGUCCUUCGACGACUGUUUCACAAAAUGUGUAAUUGAAAAAUACCGGUCAGAGUGUCAUUGCCUGCCCCGGAGUGGUUUACUAUACCGGCCGUCCCUAUUGCAGCAUGAUGAUAAAUUUUGCGCCAAAAUCAAUAAAUGUCAAUUUACUAACCAUAGGCUGCACUGUGAGAGCAAAUGCCAAAAGGACUGUCUGGACGAGAAGUACGAGUUUGAUCUGUUCGCUGACAUUCCCUGGUAUUCACACAAUAACCUGACGGGCCUUCAGGUGCGCCGGAAGCCGGUGUUGGAUCAGGUGUACAGACACUCACCCAGUGUUACGUUUAUACAAUUGGUGUGUGAUUUUGGGGGUUUAGGCGGACUAUGGCUCGGAUACUCUGUUAUCACGAUCACCACCGCUAUUAUUGAGUUGGUCUCUAAGCCGUUGGAGAAAAUGGUCGAGGUUGAAUAAGAGACGGAUUGACCCCUAUGAGAAUUAAAGU